AUACUGCAGGUGGGCACGCCUUCUUCCAUCAUCAUCUAGGGAAGCAACGCCCAGGCAAACAUGGACAUCACCUAACCCAGUCAAUUAAGACGGGCACCUACCUUGUGUAACUUCCCUUGCUUUGAUUGAUAUUUAGCAAUCUAGCUUGAUUUGGUUAAGGAGUUAUUAAAGAUGACGAAACACGCAGAGAAGCGAACUCGGCGAUGUAGUCGACUCAUAAUCAAUUUAUACUACCCAAAAGAUACCUAACAGGUACCUACCUACAUAUGUAGGUAAAUAAGUAACUCAAUUCGUUCUACAAUCGCCAUCGUUAUUAGACCUCUCUCCUAUUACAUACCUAGGUAAUCUACCACAUAUCUGUCAAAUACCUAGCGUUUCUUUCGGACAUUAGUAGCAAUGGCGAACCGACCCCCCAACCCUCUCGGAGUAGCCGUUGAUAGCACUCCCGCACAGCGUCCGUCCCGGGACACAAAACUGACCGGUCGGCAUGUCACCUUAGUUGGCUUGUCUGAAGAACAUGCAGAUUCGCUCCAUCCCCAUCUAUCAGGACCCGAGAAUGCGCAUCUCUGGGACUACAUGCUUGAGGGUCCAUUUGACGAUAUCGACACGUUCCGUGCUAGCCUAAAAUCCAAGGAAACCAUCCAGGACCCUACCUUCUAUGCUAUCCUAUCCAACGAUCAGAACACGGGAGAAUCGGGAAACGACGCCAAAGGCAAGGCUGUUGGUAUUGCGGCUUAUUUGCGAAUUGAACCGAACCAUCGCAGCAUCGAGGUUGGCUGUCUCAUGUACACGUCGCAGUUGCAGCGUACACCAGCUGCCACCGAGACCAUGUACUUGAUGUUGCGCCACGCAUUCGAAGAUCUCGGCUAUCGGAGGUACGAGUGGAAGUGUAACUCGCUCAAUGCGCCAAGCAGGAGAGCAGCCUUGCGUCUCGGAUUCACCUUUGAGGGGAUUUUCAGAAAGCACUUGAUCAUCAGGGGCCUCAACAGAGAUACCGCCUGGUUCUCAAUAGUUGACGAUGAAUGGCCUUAUAUCAAGAAAGCUCUCGAAGCUUGGCUCGACCCUUCCAACUUUGACAGCGAGGGUAAGCAGAAAAAGAAACUAGAAGAGUUAAGACAGUGAAAUGUUGAGCGAAUUUAUUGAUCGCACGCAUGGUGGCGUUGAGUUAUGAUCUGAUGACGGCUACACGGGUGUGUACAUCUAGAUAGAUACCUCCAGAUGUACCCAGGCAGAUUUGUGCAUACGUCUCUUUAGAAGGCGACGAAUUCUAGCAGUAAUUUAUGAACUAUGGCAUGCUCUGAAUUUUUCUA